CUCAGCUCUGCUAUUACUACGACUACCUCCAUCAUGAAGACAAUCCCCCUACUAUGUCUCGCCGCGGCCUUUGCCCAAACCCAUGCAUUCCCACCCCAAGGAGGAGCACCGCACCCACUACCCUGGUCCCCUCCAGGCCCAAACGAUGUCCGCGCCCCCUGCCCAAUGCUCAACACCCUCGCCAACCACGGUUAUCUCCCCCACAACGGCAAGGACAUCACUGAGCAACACACCAUCAACGCCCUCUAUAACGCUCUCGGCAUCGACGCAGAACUCUCCAAAUACCUCCACCAGGAAGCAGUCACCACCAAUCCAGCCCCAAACGCUACUACUUUCUCCCUCAAUGAUCUGAGUCGUCAUGACAUCCUCGAACAUUGUGACAGCAAUAUUGAUGAUAUUGAGUGUGUGUGUUGCCUAGCUAACUACGUGAGGAGAAGGUAACUAGGUGGCUAGAUCUGAGAUUACGUGAUCUUUUUUCACAUUUUCUAUAAGUGAGG